UCUCGACCUAUCCUGUGUCUCUACUACUAUCCAACUUCAAGCGAAGCAGCCCUAAUUCGUUCUUCCGAAGUUCUAAAGACGCAAUGUCUCGUAGAGAGGGUCGACAUUCUGACUCCAGACGGCACCGUUCAAGGUUCGACCGAGAACCCAGUCCUAAGAGGUCUAGGAGGGAUGGGAAACCUGAGACUGGAAGAGUGGUUUCCAACGCUGAUGUUGGAGACAGGGCGGACCAGGAUGAAAAGCAGCGGCGUCGGUUGCAAGAUGCUUUACCUCUUGACGCCCCGUCAGCUCCUGAUUCUUUUAAGAUUGAAAGUGGAACUGUGAUUAAGGAAUCAGAUAGGAAACGCAAUGGACACCUAGAAGGAACUAAACAUUCUUCUGAUCCAACUGAAGUACCUAGGUCCAGAUCCUAUUUUCAGCAUGAUGAGCGUGGUAAUGCCGCGCAAGCUGGUGGAAGUUUUGGUCGGAGAGCAGCUACUGAGCAUGGAGGGUGGAGGGAUGCAAAAGAUCAGCAUAACGAAAGGGAGACAAAAACAUAUGAAAUGAGGCAAAGAGAUGAGAAACCACAAGCCAAGGGGGAUGGCAAUGGUGAUUGGCGCCAUGAUAGGUUCUUUGAAAUGGAGGCUGAUCCAUCACCACAGCACCCACCUGCCAGGAAAAGACCUGCAUUUAGAGAGAAGAAGAUCCCUGCAGAAACUCAAAGUACUGACAACACAACAAAGGAGCCAGAAAAGGCAAGCCAUUCUGGCCACCCUGCAUUAGGAAGUGAAAGAAGAGUGGAUAGGGACCGCAACCCCCGACUUUUGGACAGAUGGGAUAGACUUACCGCCGGAGAUCAGGUUUCAAACAGAAGAGAGGCCCCCGGAGGUGGUUUUUCAUCGCAUGAAAGGCAUGGAGGUGGUGGUGGCAAUUUCAGGGGAAGAGAUAGAUUCAGUGGGAGACAAGGGUAUCGUUCAGGUGUUACUCGUGUUGAGAAGUGGAAGCAUGAUUUAUUUGAGGAGGCUAACAAAAGUCCACCCAGAAAGGACGAAGAGGAUCAGAUCGCCAAGGUGGAAUCACUCUUGGCUUCUUAAAACUUAAGCUUUGCUAUUACUGGCCCUUUGAUUUGCUUCUCAAAUGUCAAAGAGUCUUGAUCAAAACCUUCUUCAAAACCCAAAGUUUUUUGCUUUAUCCGUUGUGUUGUAUUUCACGUGCCAAGUUUAUUGCUGUUUAUGAUUGCAACUCCUUGUACCAGUAGAAUGAUAGAAUUUGAACAAUUUGGCUUUGUUUGGAGGCUUUUAGAUGUAGUUUGAUAUGUGUUUCAGUUAUUGUUGGAACAGAGGGGGGCUGAUCACAGUCCCGGAGAUUGGAGAAACCUGCAAUUGAGUUUUGAAAUUGCCA